GGUGCGCGACCGUCAGUCACCAGUGCGCAACGCAACGAGAAGCAAGUGUUCAGCGCUCGGUAGCGCUACUUUUAUUUUUGCGUUAAUUUUUUUUUGUGCAACUCUUGAGCUUCCACAAGAAAACCUGUUUUAUAUUGCUCAUGUAUCACUCUUCUGUGAACGGCAAAGAUUUGCAUACUGUUACUGUAAACUCGUGUUACAUCGUUUGGCUCUCUACCUACUUCGGUUCCUGUGUGUUGAGUAAUAUUCUGUGUCAGUUGUAGUGUUUGUGCUUGUGAUAGAAUCAGACGAUUUCAUCGCGAACGUGUUCCAAUUUGGGAUUUCACCACGAGCGGGCUCAAGGAAGUUUAUAGUCAAGUGGACAGCGGUGGCGGUGGCUUGGCCGAAGUAAUGGUGUACUCUCUCGGCUGGGGCAUGGGCGAGCCGGAGCGGCGCGGCGCCGACCGCAAGCGAGCCCAGCCGCCCCCAGUAGCGCACUCGCCGCUGUCGCCCGACGACGGGCAUGAGGUCGACGUAUUGCCUCUCCACAAUCAGGUGAGCUCGAAGUGUGGUGCACUCUCUCGGCUGGGGCAUGGGCGAGCCGGAGCGGCGCGGCGCCGACCGCAAGCGAGCCCAGCCGCCCCCAGUAGCGCACUCGCCGCUGUCGCCCGACGACGGGCAUGAGGUCGACGUAUUGCCUCUCCACAAUCAGGUGAGCUCGAAGUGUGGUGCACUCUCUCGGCUGGGGCAUGGGCGAGCCGGAGCGGCGCGGCGCCGACCGCAAGCGAGCCCAGCCGCCCCCAGUAGCGCACUCGCCGCUGUCGCCCGACGACGGGCAUGAGGUCGACGUAUUGCCUCUCCACAAUCAGGUGAGCUCGAAGUGUGGUGCACUCUCUCGGCUGGGGCAUGGGCGAGCCGGAGCGGCGCGGCGCCGACCGCAAGCGAGCCCAGCCGCCCCCAGUAGCGCACUCGCCGCUGUCGCCCGACGACGGGCAUGAGGUCGACGUAUUGCCUCUCCACAAUCAGGUGAGCUCGAAGUGUGGUGCACUCUCUCGGCUGGGGCAUGGGCGAGCCGGAGCGGCGCGGCGCCGACCGCAAGCGAGCCCAGCCGCCCCCAGUAGCGCACUCGCCGCUGUCGCCCGACGACGGGCAUGAGGUCGACGUAUUGCCUCUCCACAAUCAGGUGAGCUCGAAGUGUGGUGCACUCUCUCGGCUGGGGCAUGGGCGAGCCGGAGCGGCGCGGCGCCGACCGCAAGCGAGCCCAGCCGCCCCCAGUAGCGCACUCGCCGCUGUCGCCCGACGACGGGCAUGAGGUCGACGUAUUGCCUCUCCACAAUCAGGUGGGCGGGCACACGCGACUGCUGGUGCUAAACGACAGCACCGUCAUCAAACCACUCAACAUACGCGAGUUGCAUUUCUAUCAGAACAUUCCCGAGGACAUCCAGAACUUUGUGCCCCGAUACAAAGGCGUGAUGCAGGCUUCUAACACGGGAAGCACCAAAUUGGACAAGCGGUACUCGCCAUGUUUCCGCGACGAGAACGGCCGCAAGCAGUCGCUGGGCGGCAAGCGCAAGCGCGACGACGUGUUCAAAUUUAAAGUUCACCGCAAUGGCAAUGCAAGCGAAGUGCUUAAAAGCAUUGCACACAUGGACAAUUCCAAUAAGCAGUAUUUCCUGAUGAUGGAGAACAUAACGUCGUCGUACCGGCGGCCAUGCGUGCUGGAUCUGAAGAUGGGCACGCGGCAGCACGGCGACGAUGCGUCCGCGGAGAAGCGCACCAAGCAGAUCGCCAAAUGCGCUGCCAGCACCUCGGCCACGCUGGGCGUCAGGCUCUGUGGCAUGCAGGUGUUCGUGCCUGAGACGGGCGCGUGCGUGCGCCGCGACAAGUAUUGGGGCCGCGCAUUAUCAGAGGCGGGGCUUCGCGAGGCGCUGCGCGACUUCUUCGCGGGCGGCGCGGGGAUACGAGCGCGUGUCGUUCGCCGCGUGCUUCGCGACUUGGACGCGCUGCGGCGUGCCAUCGCCAAGCAGACCAGCUACAGGUUCUACUCCUGCUCCCUGCUGAUUGUGUACGAGGGCGACCUGCGGCCAGCGGAGGCGCCGGGUGCGGAGUACGAUGCGGACGCGUCGAGUAGUUCCGCGGAGCUGCCGGCGCCGGGACACUUUGAUAUGUCCACGCUGCACGACGAGAUCUCGACUGACGCGCCCGCUCGCGAGCCGUUCCGCCCGCACUCUGAGGAGACCAUGGGAGGAUAUGAGGAGGGAGAGGGCGAGGUGGCCGGUCACUCGCCGCGCCGGCAGCCGCCCAGCCCGGACUCGACGGACAGCUGGAUGGCGUACUCGUCCACGAGCAGCGAGUCGUGGCGCGGCGAAGCGGAGGCGGAGGCGGAGGCGGCGGCCGAGGCGGAGGCGGAGCGCAAGCGCGCGCGCACGUGGCCCGCGCCGCCGCCCGAGGCGCGCGUGGACAUCCGCAUGAUCGACUUCGCGCACACCGCCUACGCCGGCGCCGCCGCCGAGUCGCCGCUGGCCACCGCCACGCCGCACCACGGGCCCGACUGCGGCUUCCUCACCGGCGUCGACAGCCUCAAGCGCCUGCUCACCGAGAUCCUCCCGCCGCAGCCCUACAGCUAAUGAGCCGGGCGGGCCGCACUAGAAAAAACUAAAAACCAACCUUUCGGACGAAUUCUGAGGGGCUCCGACGCCGACCCCGCGCCGGCGCGCCCGCCGAGACGACCUCGAGGGGCGCCUGAGUCGGAACCGUUCUCUUCGGAAAUUUUAAACUGUUCGACUGAUGUAUGUAAUUUUAUCGGGAAACUGUCGCCGCGCGUUCGCACAGGGCGGACGUCCGCAGGUGUUCCGUUCGCUUUGCGCUCGCCGUCGAGGCUCCCCCUGUGGGACCGUCCGGCGACCGUUGCACCAAGUGAAUGUUGGCGGUACAAAAUAUUUUAAUUUUACGUUUAACAUAUACUUUCAAAGUGGGACCCAGUAGGUAUUCUUAUAUCUCGUAUUUUUAAGUAUUACUAUUAAGUUAUUCCAGAUUGACGUGCUUUUGAUUUGUCCGAGUCGCUUUACUUUGUCUAUGAGUUGGUUCUGUAAAUUAUUUUACCUAAUUAUUGCGUAGACAUUCCCUGUCGGUUUAUUGAAUUCUUUUAUACCUAUGAUUGGAAUACACAAAGAUUGUAGAUAUUGCGAUUAACCCUAUUCGGUUUGCAUUUAGUUUCACACGUUUGUUAAAAUGAAUUAACAUUGACCCGCACACUCGCCGUCGUCAUUGAUAACAUUAUCGUGUUCGAUCACAAAGGUACUAAUUGGUCCCAGUCAAUGAAGCCAAAGUAAUACUUACUAGAAAUAAUUCAAAGAACAACUGUUAGGAGUCUAGUGCUCUUGAAGUAGAUAAUUGAAGUACUAGACUUAAACAUAUUUAUCUGACGUCCAAACCGUUGUUUGUGAGCCAUUAUUGUAAUUUAAGUAGUAACUGCUUUUCCAGAAUGUAACUAACAAAGACAAAUUUAGUAUAUUUUGCGGAAUGAGUGUGCCAAACAUUGUUUUGUACCUAAAAUAGCACACCUCACACGCAUGUGACAACAGUUAUAAUUUCGCAAACAGUAUUAUGGAAAUUGUAAGUGAGAAUGAGCGUUUGUUUGUGUAAAUAUAUUUGUAAUGGAGUGCCAGUAUGCAGUCUGGUGUUGAUGGGAAGUGAAGCGGUUGUAAAUAUUCUCGUUUCGUACGAGAGAUGUUCCAUAAAGGUGGUUGCACACAGCUGCGAUAACUAGAUCGUUACCUUCUGUAUGUUGCGUGCUCGUUCGAAUAUUAUGUGUGGACUGAGAUCGCAACUGUGUGCAGGGGCCUUUAGCGAGUCUGAGCGGGCGGGCGGUCCGCAGCGAUUGACCAUAGUGUUAGCCAACAUUCCUUCGUGCUGCAUUCGUCAUUGUUUGUCCUUUACUUUAUUUUUAUUAGAGUGAUAAAUUUAUGAAAAGUACCUGGUUUAAUUAGGAUGCUAGGUUGUAUUGCAAAUUAUCAUUUAUGUCUGUUAUUUUAAAUAACUGUAUGACACUAUUUUGUUAAAUAAAUUUUAGGUAUUAAA